AUGUCACGUAAUGUGGAGCAACUGAAAAGAGUUAUAGAAGAUAAGAAGGCUGUAUUAGCUCCUCUGAUACGAGAAGUGAGACCUCUCCGUCAACAACAUCAAGAAAUCAAGAAUACCCACACAGAAAAGAAAUCUACUUAUGACAGUUUAGCUGCUGGACUACAAAGCAAUCGUGCCCAACUAGAAAGGCAAGUCAAAUCUUUGUGGGAAGAAUGCAUGGCUGAAGAAAGUCAGUAUCAUUUACUCAACUGCCAACUGGAGUCAGUACGUUUGCACGACCAGCGAGUAAAAGCUGAAAUGAAAAUAAUGGUGUCUAAAGAUCCUGCUGAGAAGAAGAAAAGCAUGCGUGAUGUGUUGACACGAAAAAUACAAGAACAAGAAAAUCGUGGUCGUGCUUUACGUGAUAAACAAAAAGAUAUUAAGGACACACACGAGUUCUCUAUGAAACAAGUGAAAAUGUGGAAAGAUCUUUAUCGUUUGUUUUUCAAGUCAAACAAGAAUGUCUUCAACGUGCACAAGAACAGAGACUACAAGCUAAGGCACUUGAUGAAAUGGCUACAGACGGCAGAAUUGAAAUUAACAAUUAAUGAAUUGAUAGUAAUCAUAUUUGGUAUCAUGUUAACUGAACAGGACACACAUCAUCUCAACAAUACCUAUAAUUGUUAA